UUUUCAAUGGCGGGAGGGUGCAGCUGCUUUGUGUUGGUUUGGGGUGUCUCGAGCACUUCCUGGAUUUGAGAGUCGCCUCCGCGCGCGCAGUCCCGUCACAGCCAGCCAGCCAGCCAGCCAUCCAGCCGCGCUCCGGGACCUUUCCGCUUCCACGCGCCUUUUAUUGCACGGAAUUUACACGGAAACGCGUUCAUUUGAGCGAUCAUCUGAAUGAGAGACGCGUGCUUCCGAUUCCGUUGUCCGUUCCGCGCUUAGCUCUGUUUGGGACGGCAGCUCAUUCUAACAGGUGGUAAGCGAAUUCAGGUGGAGCUCAGCUCAGGAGGAGGAGGGUGUACAGGCUAUUUCAACGACGAACGGUUUUGCCGAACGGAGCUCAAACAAAAGACUUUGACAGCUAGCGUCUUAUCUGUUUUUUUAUUUUCUAUUAUUAUUAUUAUUAUUAUUAUUAUUAUUAUUAUUAUUAUUUAAAAUCAGGGAUUUAUUGAGGGAUUGUCCCGGUGCAUCCGAGCAUUCAGAAGAGCCGAGCAGCUCGUGGUAAUUAGCUUGAGAAUCUAGUCUACAGAACACAGGUGGGGGAGAGUGAGACAUAUAGACUGUGCGGGGUUUUUUGGACUGGUAGGAAAGCAGCCCCCUCCCCUCUGUUCCUUUGAGAAAAGCCAGCACCGAUAUUGGUUCCGUUUUCCCUCUGGGACAAGAGGAGAAACGGUUCAGCAAACAGGUGCGAGGACGGACGCACGCACGCACGCGCACACUCCUGGCUCAUUGUUUAAACGGGAUACACCUAUGUGCUGAGACUAAAUGUCCGAGAGCACGAGCUCGAGAUUUCUCACUCAGAAGGGGAGAAACUAGGGGAGCGUGACGUAUUUGGAAAUAGCUCAUUUUCGAAGUCCCACUCUGACGAUUCAGAGGAGGGUUUAGGACAGACAGAGAGAGAGAGAGAUGUCAGGAAGGAAGCACAACGCGGAUUCCUCGAAAAGGAACCCGGCACCAUCCGAAAUUGAAAUGUUCGGCGAAUUUCAGGACUGGUGCCUGCGCACUUACGGAGAUUCGGCCAAGACAAAGACCGUGACCCGGCGCAAAUACGACAAAAUCCUCCAGGCGCUCUCUCUGGGCGAGGACUCGGACGCCUACGCGGAUGGCAGCCACAUCAACGCCAAAUUUAAGUUCUGGGUUAAAUCCAAAGGCUUCCAAGUCGGGAACGGCGACAGCCAGAAAGACAGGAAUGGAAAAUCCGACAGACCCGUGCUGUACGUCCCCAUCAAGGCAACGUGUGUGGACAGUGCUGCCGGACAGGAGAUCUCGUCUCUGAAGAGAGUUGCCGUGGUGGAGGAUUUCUACGAUAUCAUCUACGCCAUGCAUGUGGAGAUCAGCUCUGACCAAGCCAAAGCACCCAAACAUGCUGGCCAGAAGAAAACAUAUAAAGCGAUAGCAGAGACGUAUGCGUUUCUUCCUAGAGAAGCAGUGACCCGAUUCCUGAUGGGCUGUGGAGAGUGUCAGAAGAGGAUGCACAUCAGCCCAGGUGGAGCCGAAUGCAAGGAAAAUGACCGGCCUGCGUCUCUGGCCCCUGACCUCAUCGACUACAACAUGCCUUUGACCACCACCUACCUGAAACAGAUGAAACUGCAGUGCAUUAACAACAAGGAGCAGGAUGAGAGUUCAGUGAGCAGUGAGGAGUUUGAUAUGAGCGACCCCACAUGGAUUUCAACUGAGCACCAUAGCGCACGCUCAGACCUGCAUCCAGCCGCUAAUAUAGAGAGAAUGCUCAGCCCCCAAAACACACACAAAGAAGACGAUGAUGACUCUUCAUCAGAAAGUGGGAGUGGCAACGGCAUCCACAGCAUGACCCCUCCGUCUAUGGGUGUGGUGUCUGGGAGUGACGGUGCAGUGGCUGGACCAGUGACUGGGUCAUAUAAUCAGGUUAACGGAAAUAGGACAGCUGUGCCACUGGAUUUCAGCACGACUUCCUCCUCAUCCUCAGAAGAACAGCAGCCGGUGAACCUGAGAGAGCGAAUGAGUCAGGCCCUGCCCACUGCUGCAGCCAUGCUAGCCACAUUCAACCCGGAGCACUCGGAGGAGUUUCGCCGAAAAUAUCACAAACCGCCACUGGCCUCAGAGCUGCGCCUUGACCGAGACAUCAGGGACUACGCCAACAAGUCUCCUCAGUACAGUUCAGGAAGCUAUGACUCCAUAAAAAUGGAGAUGUGCGCCGAGGACCUGACAGUCACUCGCUCUCAGGCUGCCGAUGAUGACGAUGACGAUCACGAUGACCACGAUGACAGUGACAAGAUUAACGACACAGAGGGAGUGGACCCAGAGAGGCUGAAGGCAUUCAAUAUGUUUGUGCGUCUGUUUGUUGAUGAGAACCUGGACCGCAUGGUGCCCAUCUCCAAGCAGCCAAAAGAAAAGAUCCAGGCCAUCAUUGAAUCCUGCAGUCGCCAGUUCCCAGAGUUCCAGGAGCGUGCACGCAAGCGUAUCCGCACCUACCUCAAAUCCUGCCGCCGCAUGAAGAAGAACGGCAUGGAGACCCGGCCCACGCCACCACACUUGACCUCAGCGAUGGCAGAGAACAUUUUAGCUGCUGCUUGUGAGAGUGAAACGAGAAACGCUGCCAAGAGGAUGCGGAUGGACGUCUACCAAACACACGAGGAUCAGAUAGCUCUGGAGAAGGCUGUCUCUCGUGAGCCGGUGCCUCUGACCCACUCUGCAUAUUCUCUGGCAGCUUCUGCUUACUCCCAGGACCAACUGUACAUCAACGGAGGCCUUGGCUACAACUACCGUGCUUUCGCUGGCUUGGCGGGCAACAUGCAGCACCCAGUCUCUCUCACGACCCCUGCUGCCCAGACCAAUGGACCUACCGAUCUCAGUAUGAAGUCUCUGGCUUCAAACUCAUCUACGUCAAGCACCAACAGUCUUGGGCGGAGUGCAGGAGGAGGGACCUCUGCUCAGCUCAGCCAUACUGAAGUGACAGCAGUGCGUCAGCUGAUCGCUGGCUACCGCGAAUCAGCAGCCUUCUUACUUCGCUCAGCCGAUGAGCUGGAAAACCUCAUACUACAACAGAACUGACCUGUACACUCUCCCUCUCAUCUCAUCGCCACUUUCUAUCUCUCUCAGUCUGCCUUUUAUCUUUAACUCUCGCUCCAUCACCUCAGGUCUCUAUUUGCUAGCCUCACUCUCAUCGUCAUUCUCAGAGGCAUGCACAUUUGAAGAUAUCAGGAGAGAUGAUGAAGCAUUGAUCAGUAUGCUGGCACAUUCAGAUCGCCUACAAAGAGAAACAAAGAAAGGGGGCUGAUGAAGACGGGAGCAUGCUGCAGUGCUGUAGUGCUGUGUUGAAGAAGAAGAAGAAAACACUGUUCCUGUGGGUGGGUGGCUGGCCUUGUGAAUCAUACACCUCUCCACCUCCAUGCCCUUAAGCCCAUUAACUAAAACAACUCCUUUAAUCUUUUUCCCUUUACACUCCCUGCUUUCGAGAGCCACUAAUUUCCUGAUUUUUGUUCUUUUGUUUUUUUUCUUUUUUUUUUGGUAAUCUGCUUUUUCACAGGAGGCAUUAUGUAGUGCCAGUACUCCUGUUUAUUAUUAAACGAAGACACAUUUGAGUUAAGUUGAAGGAAGAUACCUGAAAAGAAAUGAAAGUUUAAAGAGAAAACAACAAAUAAGACCUUUACAUUCGCUGUACAUAAACGCGCUCUGUUCUAAAGCACUUUUUUUUUUCACUCGCUCUGACCUCUCCUCCCUAACACUGCUUUUGCCGUAGGGAGAAAAUUGUGUAACUUAUGCAUACAAAUACAGGUGGAGCUCACCUGGAAAUACCUCAGCCUGUCCAAAUCCUCUGUGUCCCAGUUCACGUUUUCUGUCUGAGGGAGAAGAAUCCCUCCUUCUAGUACUACCUUAUGCGUCCAGUGCCUCUCCAGGAUCUAAAAGAGGGCAUGCAUAUGGAAUGUGAGCUUGGUUUGUUUCUAGUUAUUUAUUUUAUUUUAUUUUUUAUUUUUUUGCUUCUAUAAUGUAAUGUACAUAUUCAAUUCACCAGAAGGUAUUGAUUACAGAAAUACACUGAAAUGAAAUACACUGGAAAUGGAGGAUUAGACUUAAUGGAGUGUUUUGAUCAGGUAAAGAUCUCUGCUUUAAUGAUUGGGUCUUUUGGGGCCUCUUAAAGCAUUUCAACUAUGGAUGCCAAUUCUAUACUCCACUACCUUUCUUUUGUAAUGCCAUUCUUCUGAAGUCACCUCUUCUUUCAUGCACAUGUCUGGAGCAAUGGAGGGAGCGUGAUGAAAGGAUGGAGGAAGGAUCUGUUAGUCUUUUUAUCUGUUGACUUUUUCUCAAAGGCCAUUAAUUCCACUCUGCUGCUAAGUACUUGGACUUUUACGCCACAGACCUGAAACCUCAAGCCUCCUGCACAACCAGAGCACCUCAACCUGGGAUAAAAAACAAACAAAAGACCAACAAAAAGCAAAAAAAAAGAAAAAAAAAGAAGAAAAGGUCCUGAAACAGACAGUGGAAGUUUAUUCAUUUGAAUGCUGAGAAAGAGAAAUUACUGCCAUAUUAGUUUCCUGCAUUCACAUCUUGUUAGUGACCUGUAUCAUCGUUGAGGGUUGAGUUUGCUUUGCAGCUGCGUUUUGUUUCGCUUGGAGUUUAAAUGCAUGCUUAGUUCCUGAGAUCAGUAGAGGUCUGCUUCUCUAUCUGUGGCACGAGAGCUUUCACAUGCUCAAACAUGCACACAUUCCCUUACAUGUGGAGUCUCUGGGGGAAAUGAAUCUUCAGAGGGAGAGAAGAGAAAAUGCAAGCUGUUUUAGUUAUUAGUGAGGUAGACUCGUGUUGGGCCUGACUGACUGGUGUGUCACUGUAAUUUGCUCCUCAUUGCACACUGAGGCAGUGCUGCUCUGCCACUGUGGAGCUCUGUGUGAAAGCUUGAGGUUGCACUGCUAGUGAGGAGCAAGAGGAAGAUAACUGCAAUGCAAAAGAUAAUCAAAUGCGUUCCUGGUCCUAAAGGAGAGAGUUGGAUGCGUAGAGACUACCAUGACCUGUAAUGAGGGGCAAGCACUGAAGUGAGUUUCCAUUGUCUAGCAUUAGUGGGAUCUUGCAUUAACAUUGACAGUAGACAUAUAAAAUAAAGGCGGUAAUGGUGGCAUAAUGUAAAAUAGAUCUUCAGUGAAGUGUGUGUAGGUUUUACAUCGUGCUUUCUGCCCAAGUAUAGUCAUUGCAGAUAUGUUGUUGUAGUAAUACAAUAUCCAGCUGGCUCAAACCACUAUAAAUAUGGGAGAAAUACUGCAUGUGUUACAUUCUGUAUGCUAGUCUGGGUAGAUCUGCGCAUUUUAACUCUCUCUCUCGCUCUCAAUUAUUGGUAGUGACAAGGAUGAGGAAAUAUGCAAAAUGACCAGUCCUCUCCUCACUGUGCUCUUGUCUUACUGUGGCUGCUUGGUUUUAAAUUUUAAGGUAUCCAUCCCCCUUGAGUCUACGGGGUGUGAUGUUUUGAUCCACUCAUUUAGUUCUUCCCACUCAUUUACUUUAAGGGAAUAGCAGUGUAGAUGUCCUCAAUUUUUCUUUGAAUCAAAAAAGCCUUGUUGCGUUGCAGUUCAGCUUCUUGAUUUAAUGUUUGUGGUGUUCCUGUUAACAGCAUUCUCUGUGAUGUUCUAGAUAAGAAGACCGCUCAUAAGUGAUCUUUGUUAAUAUCUUUUACUUUUGCUGACUAAUUCUCUCUCCUUUUCUGCUCAGUCCUUACAUUAAAGCACUAGAGACUGAUAUAAAGGCUGAGUACGAGGACUGAUAUCUUGCUCUCCUGUCUUUCUGUCUCCAUCUAUCCCUCCUUUGCUCCCACUGGUUCGGAGCGAUGGAGGGAUGGGUCCUGAUGCUUAUUAAAAUCACUCAGACACUGCUGAAUUUAGACUAACCUCACAUGCCACUAAGUUCUGCUCCGGUUGCUCAGAAUUUGAAAUUGUGACAGUUCUACAUUUGUAAUAUAGGCAAUGGACCGCUAACGUUAUUUGUGGAAAGAUUGUGAGAUUAUAUGGGGAAAUAAAAGGCACGCUCAUUCACCCAUCUGGGAAUUUUCUCCCUCCAGCUCCCUCAUGGAUGGCAACUUUCUGGAUACAAACUGUAAAAACAAGGCAAACGACAAUCUUGGAAAAGGUGUAAUUAGUUCGGUUAGAUUUCCCUUCUCCGUGUGCGGCUAUUGUUUACAGUGCGUAUGGGAGAAUAUGGGGCGAUUUAGCCAUAACCUGAGCAUCUCUGACAUCU